GGGCAGGGCAGCAGUGCGCGCCCGGCGGCGGGAACGGCGGUGCCGGCAUGGGACGGGGCGCUGUUCCGGCGGGGACCUUCCUUAACAAUGUGAGAAGUGGAUCACACAAGCAUACUGUGGAUUUCCUAUCUGUACAUACCACUUGAUUAUAGUCUGUCUUCUACUGAUCAACGCAAAAAGAGAGAAAGAUCAACCAAAAAAUUGUUGGCUUGUCAGCUCUGUCCUAGAGCCACCUGAAUUUUAUGACUCUUUUUGGAAAAACUACCUGGACUAUUAGAAAUGAAGCAGCUCAGGCUGCAUCUCUGAUCAACAGAGCUCUCUGUGUGGAGUACAGAAAUUGAGUUGUCUUAAGUCAAACCAUAUGCAAGUUGCACUAAUUGUUGUAACUCUACUGCUGAUGCCACUCCAGACUUCGCUAGGACUUUCCAAGACAGUAGUUUCUCAUGUAGCUUGAAUAUUUUCAACUGAUGUUUGAAUAUUUCUAUUCAAUCUGGUGUAGCUGUGCGAAGUCAAAGGGGUUUACUUUUUCCUGCUAAAUUAAUGGUGAAUUUUGAAGCCUCACUUCCAAGUGGGAUCCGUGCUAUGGCAGCAACCUACAGGCUUAUGGUCACAACUGUGAACUGCUACAGCAGCGUGGUGAUAGAACAGCACUUUCAGCACACAGUGCAUUACUGCACAGGGACUUGCCAGGUGUUUAAGCAAGGAGUUGCAUGUAUAGUGGCCCACCACAGUGUGUGUGCAGAACUCAGUGUCCAAGAUGCCAACCUAGACCACAAAAUUCCAGUUUCUGAAAAUGGGCUUGCCUUGCCUGGAAAUGAGGACUAUCAGCAAAUGCUCCUAAAUAAUCCAAGAAUCAAAAAGGGCUCUUUGGUGCAAGCUUCCAACAGCUUAAAAGACAUUACUGGUGAGGCAAUAAAUCUCGCCAGUGGUAAAAUAAAGGAAUUCUCAUUUGAGAAGCUCAAAAACUCUUCCAAUCAUGUGGCCUACAGAAAGGGGAGGAAAGUUCGAUCAGAAUCAUUCAGCAGACGAUCAUUUGAUUUUGACAUGAUUUAUGGGCACUUCAGCAAUGAUGAGAACUCUCCUCCAUGUGGCUUUUUGCAGAGUCCCUCACCUGUGGAGAAAUGGCAGGAGAGCAGUGAUGCUCCAGAAGUCAGUAUGAAUCCCAUGGUUCCCUUCUCACCUCAUUCCUUCUCUGAAGAAAACUUCAUUACCCAAAUUUUGGAGAAGCACAAGCUGGAUGGUUCUUCUGGUGGAGAUAUUAAAGUGUGCUUAGACAUCUUGCUCAAGUGCUCAGAGGAUCUGAAAAAGUGCACUGACAUAAUAAAGCACUGCAUCAAAAAGAAAUCAGCAGACAGUGUUAGUGGAGGGAAUAGCAGUGAUCCUUUGGCUAGUUCAGAAAUGAUAUACAUGAAUCUGAUGAGAAGAUUUUCUUCAUACCUGAAAAAGCUACCCUUUGAGUUCAAGCCACCUGGGUACAAGGAAGCAAGUGAUCUUGGAGAAUUAGUGAACUGUUUUCAUGGCUUGCAGCAAACUCUAUUUUCCCCAGUAUUUGGAGAUGAGCAGCCACCUAGGUAUGAAGAUAUUAUUCAGCUUCCAUCCUCAAAUGCAGUUCCUGUCAGACUACCAGGUGAUCAGUGUGAGGUGACAAGCACCUCUCCGUCCAUCCAAACAAGCACUGUGAGCUUUACCUCAAAAUCCCUUUGCAGCAUCUCACAGGAGAACAGUGUGAGAGCUGUGAAAGAUGCUUGUGUUCUACCUCAGUUACCAGCCACAAGCCCUUCUGACUGUACAUCUUCUACUGAGGUUCUGUACAUUGAGGAAGAGUCAGAUGGGGAAAGAGUGUUAGAGAAAACAAAGAGGGCAAAGGAGAAAGGGGACUGGGAGAGUUUAAAGCAUAGCUACCAGCUACCUGGUUCUUCAGAUGUGAUUGCUGAUGUUAAAGCAGAACCUACCAGGGUAGGAAGUGAACUUUCCCACACUUCUGAGAAAAGUAAUCUUUUAAAACCAGUUUCAAAUUCUGUAUUGUGUGGUUCUCAAGCUGGUGUCUCCAAAGGUGAACAGAUGUGCAAGAUAGACAAGGAUGAAAUAGAUAAACUGCUGCUGGACUUGGAGCACUUCUCACAGAAAAUGGAGAGUACUUUUAGGGAGUCUCCUCCAAAGGAGAGUGAACCUGCCUGUCUGCAGGUGUUUGGCUGGCAGGGUAGACCAGUGCUACCUGUGGCUCUUGAACCCAAAAGUAAACCCAUUGACCCCACUUACCCUUUGUCAAAAAUUGUGGAAACCAAUGGUCAUAAAAUGGAAGAGGAUGACAGAGCCCUUUUACUGCGUAUCUUGGGAAGCAUUGAGGACUUUGCCCAGGAACUAGUGGAAUUCCAGAAAGGCAAGGGAAGCUUGUCCAAGGAGAAAGAAGUGAUGCAAAUUCUUCAGGAAACAUUAUCAACUCCUUCACAGUCCCUCCUCGCAGCACAAAAAAGCUAUGCUGGGGCUGCCUCCAGAGACUCUGUUCCAGCUUUGAUUCAGCAGGCACCAGAAGUAAUUAAGGUUCAAAGUAAGCAAGAGAAGAAACCUGGAAGGUCAUCCCCAGUCCCCUUGAACUCAGUGGUUAGCCCUUGUGCUCUGCCUGUGAAUAAAGCCACCAGCAGUACCCCUUUGUCCAUAAACAUUCCACGUUUCUACUUCCCUAAAGGACUUCCGAAUGUCUGCACUAAUCAUGAAGAGAUCAUUGCCAGGAUUGAAGAAGCCUUCACAGAAUUUGAAGAUGAGAAGGCCAACAUCUGUGAAAUGGGAAAAAUUGCAAAGAUAUGUGGCUGCCCACUUUACUGGAAAGCACCUAUGUUCAGUGCAUCAGGAGGACAAAGGACAGGAUGUGUAUCUGUGCACUCAUUUGUGUCUUUGUGGAGAAAGAUCUUGUGUAGCUGCCAUGAUGACGCAUCCAGAUUUGCUUACCUUGUAGCGAAGCCUAGCUGUGGUUACCUUGAGCAGGAGGACUUCAUCCCACUGCUUCAGGAUGUGGUAGAAACACACCCUGGUCUGACGUUCUUGAAGGAUGCUCCAGAAUUCCAUUCCCGGUAUAUUACAACGGUUAUACAAAGAAUAUUCUACACAGUCAAUCGAUCCUGGUCUGGGAAGAUCACCCUAACAGAGCUGAGGAAAAGCAACUUCUUGCAAACUCUUGCUCUCUUAGAAGAAGAGGAUGACAUAAAUCAAAUCACAGACUACUUCUCCUAUGAGCACUUCUAUGUUAUAUACUGUAAAUUCUGGGAGCUGGACACUGACCAUGACCUUUAUAUCAGCCAGAAGGAUCUGGCUAGGUACAGUGAUCAAGCUCUAUCAAGCAGGAUUAUUGAGCGAAUAUUCAGCGGUGCUGUGGUGAGAGGAAAUGAAGUUCAGAAGGAAGGCCGCAUGAGUUAUGCUGACUUUGUGUGGCUGCUGAUUUCAGAGGAAGACAAAAGAAAUGCUACAAGCAUUGAGUACUGGUUUCGGUGCAUGGACCUGGAUGGGGAUGGGGUGCUCUCCAUGUAUGAACUGGAAUACUUCUAUGAGGAGCAGUGUGAACGGAUGGAAGUGAUGGGCAUAGAACCACUGCCAUUUCAGGACUUGCUGUGUCAGAUGCUCGAUCUUGUUAAGCCGGAGAGAGAAGGACGAGUAACCCUGCGAGACUUGAAGAGAUGCAGAAUGGCUCAUGUGUUCUAUAACACGUUCUUUAACUUAGAGAAAUACCUGGACAGUGAACAGAGAGAUCCCUUUGCAGUGCAAAAGGAUUUCGAAAAUGAUGGCCCUGAACCUUCUGACUGGGACAGAUAUGCUGCUGAAGAGUACGAGAUUCUUGUGGCUGAGGAGUCUGGGAAUGAACAGCUCCAGGAAGGCAACAGGAAGGGCAUGAAAGCCCUGAAGCGCUAUCCUCUGCUGUAGAACACAGAAACCAGCUAGCCUGAAUACUGCAACUGGCUGGAGAGGAGAAUUUGCAGACAGACCUCCCUAAGCCAUAAACAGAGUUCUGGAUCUUCAAACCAAGUGGGAGACGAACAUGACAGUGUGGCCACAAUUGAUUUUUCUGUGAAAACGAAAGCAUAUCCUAAGCUCAAAGAUACUUUGGAAACCAAGAGCAAAUGAGCAAAUGAACAUUAGUGAGCAAAUCUGAGCAAGCCAAGUUUCCUCUAGGACCUGAAUCUGUGCCUGAACAACUUCAUUUCUACACUAAGGCUACUGCAAGAUACUGACUUCUGUGACUAAAACUGUAUUCAAAUUUCUAAAUGCUGAACACCAAUGAAAAACUGUUUCAGAACUUAGAAUGAGAAUGGAUAGAGGACAGUCAGCUGUCAGAAUACUGCUUACUGAUGCACUGUAUUCAGUGCUUUACAAAUACACUCCUUGAGGUUAGCAUCCUGCAUGUUAUCAUAUUUUAGUCACAUGGUUUAGCGGCCACUGAAAUAACUUAGCUGAAAAAUGCUCUCACCAAAAAAUAGCUUUUAAAGACACACCUUUUAUCUUUACAGAUCAUUUGAAGAAGACUAUGAGACAGAUGAAGUCUUAUCUCCCUCUGAAACUGGAGACAAGUCAAACUAGUUAUCUCAGAUCUCUCAGCAUAGAGAAAUGGAAGAUGUGUAAUCAGUGUCUGUCAAACUGGAUAGCAGUCAGUCCCAAGAUGCUUAGGGACAGUUAGGGAUUUUUCUUAAGUCUAUCAUUGGAGCAAUGUGUUUUAUUUUGUACACUGUAAUUUGAAACCCCCUCCUUUUUUUUUCUUCUUGUGUAACUGCAAUAAGAUAAUUUCUUUAAAAUAGCUUUCUACAAUGUGUUACUGUGCACGCUCAUUAAAAAUGGUGAUUACACCUUGUUUCCUUUAUAUCUUUCCAUAUAAAUGUCCCCAGAUGUGCAAUAAAUGCCAACAUCUAAUGACAAACUAACAGCUGCAAUCAACAUCUACAGCGGUCAUUGGUCCGUUGGUUCAGUCCUGUGCCGUUAUGACCCUUUGACUUUACAACAGGAGUGACAGAAGUUGCCAAGUUAAUUUAAACACAUGUCUAGAAAUCAUUUAAAACACAAAUCACAGAGUAGUUCUUGGUUUUGCUGGUGUCCUAAAUAUCAUGGCAACAUGCCUGCAGAAAGGGAGAAUGAGGUCCCCUUUUGUGAUAUGAAGCUCUUAUAGAUGAUACCAAACAAAUUUUACUUGUUUGCAUAUGUAAACAGUUAAAAUGAGGUAAUGUUUCUCUUAGAAUUUAUGAUAUAGUUAAUGUUUCUGCAUAUUCUCCUGUGUGUGAGAGGAUCUCCUGUAUGAGUACCAGCCAGGAUAGUGGUUUUUCUCUGUAGAAGUGUUUUCUAGUAUAUUUACAAGAGAUCCAUACACUCUUCAGCUGGUGUGCUGUAACUGCUGUGUUCUGUGUGCUUCAGUUCUGUUUCUUUCCUGUGCUCUUCUCUUCUCUUGUACUGCUAAUCUGUAGCCUUCUGCAAGGGACUGAGUGAUAUCAUGAAAAUACCUGCCCUACCCAUGCGUGGUAAACUUCUAUUAACAGGGGGAUUCUUUACCUGGUAAAGAAAGCCUCCAAAUAUUACUGAUUUUUUUUCCACCCAUGAAACAGACCUAGACUCAGAGAGGAAGCAGCGUAACUGAUGAAUUCUUGCUGUAAGUGCAAAAUUGAACUGACUUUCCCCAUGGAAUUACAACUGAUAUAGAAAGACAGAACCCAUUCACUUUGUAGAUAGAUAGCUUGUGAAUACACAUGCUCGUUAUUAGCCCAGCAUGUUUGGUGCAUAAAAAUGCUGCCCAAUGGUACAUUAAUCCCUGGAUGCUAUCUCUUAGUGUUGCUGUUAAUAACAAAUAAGGAAUUGGCUGAUCACUACAAUGCAGCUUCAACUUUUCCAGGAGCCUUUGAAGUGUCACGCCUGCCUCCUGAUGCCCAGGUGGGACAUACUGCUGCCUUGCUGAGGUUAGUAACGCUCUCAUCAAGAUCAAAAUCUGAAAGGGAGGAAGUUAUCAGUUUCACUGGGCUUGAAGAACUGUUCCCUUUCCCAUGAACAAUGUUGCUAUUUUAUCUAGAUGCAUAUACACAUCCCAGGAUCCUGGAUUUUUUCAUAUAUCUGGGGAACUUCUGGAUGCCCAGAUUCUUAGUGAAGGCACUUUGAGGUAAUUUCCAUUCUGCAGUGACAGAAUUAAGGAGGGGGCACUCUGACCAAGGCAGGAUAAGCCCCUUUAAAUGCAACAAGCACACAAGAGCAGCUCUGUUCAACACCAGGAUGUCUGAGUUACAUUUCUAUUACCACUGUAACCCUGAAAGGAAAAGCUUUACUUGGAAUAGUUCCACAAAGAUCCACAUUCAGAAAAAAAGUAAAUGAUUGCAAAAAUGAACCUUGGAUGGAAAUUGCACGAUGGCCAAUUGUAACCAGCUUUCAACUGAAAGAACGAAGGCAAAGCAUUUCACCUCUUUUCUUCAUUAUCUGGGCCUGAAUUGGCCUUUUACUCUUUGAUAAUAUUUUAAAUCUCUCCAAAAUAAAGAUUGCCCAAAGGAGCAAGAAGAACCUGACCUAUUCCAGGAUGGGAGAAAAAAAAAAAAAAAAAAAAGAACAAAAAAGAUGAGUAUCCUAAGCCUGGUAAAAUCACCUAUUACAUUUUCAAGCUUUGGCUUCAAUAAUAUGAGGCAGACACUCAUAGCUGUUCUUCUGAGCACUUUCACCCCCAGACCCAAGGAUUUCUUUUUUAACAAACAGGUUCUCUGCUGCUCUGAGUGAUUCUAUUUGUCUGUUCUAGCAGGGCAACACAAUGACACUAGUCUAAGGAAUCAAAAAAUAAUAAAGAAUAUAAGACAACUUAGGGCAAAUGUUUUGCCUCACGUACAAGAACAAGCUACAGAAACUAUAUGUAGUAAUUUGUAGUAUUUGCUUUCUGGAACAGAAAUCCAUUCUCUGUUUUACUAAUCCACGUGCAGGUAAUCAUAAUUCAGCUGUCACAGAUUAAUUAGUGCAUGAGGUAUUUAUUCUACACCCCAUUUGUGACUUAGCCCUGUUGUAACUUCUGGUGGUAAAUUUGGAAAAUCUGUCAUGCUCCUGGAGUUUCUGGGGUGGUUACAUCAGAAGACCAGGAUGUUUGGGACUGCAGACACAGUGCCUGCUCCCCUACAACAUGCACCAGUUUCAGAGGCUGUGAAGCUCUCUGAAAUGAAGCCAACAAACCCAAGAAUUACAGCACAGAACACUUACAGGAACCCGCUUUUGCUCUGACUUUGCCUCCUGUCUGCAACUGUUGCUUUAGAUGUUGCAUACCUUUAAAGACACAUCUUACAUUUUUGUUGCAGUUCUGUUAUGAGCUCAAUUCCUUUUCCUAAUGAAUAGUCAGAAAAGUGACUGAAAUUCCGUUUUGCAUGAUAAAAGAAUAUGUGUUUGUUUGUUCCCUCUAGUCUGCUUUUGUCUAGCAAAAACGAGUCUUGUGUCCAUAGAAAAAAAAAACCUUAUCUGCAUAUUCACAAAUAUUCUCUCUGCAGUACUAAGACAGGAGUUGGGGUUCAAUACAACCACAUGCAACUACUGCUGAAACGGUACUAGCCUCAUUUCUUUUCUUCUUCUCUGCAAUCUCAAUAGUAAUUCCUUCACCACGUUUUUCACCAGCAAAAAGCACCCAGGCGAUGGCACAGUUCCCCUUCUGCCGGCCUGCCACCACGCGGCAGUGUUGCAAAACAGACACGGACAGCAAAAAAGAGAUGGCAGUCAGUCUCAGGUUUACAGGAAACAUUGCAGAAAACCUUACAGCUUUUGUGAACUAAGGAUUAAAAGAAGUUGACUUGAGAGACUCUUAACAAGGUUCUGUGCUUAGUUUCUGAAAUAAAAUAUGCCUGAAAGAACAGAAAGUGAGUGUCCUGGAGUACGGCGCUUCCACAGCAGUUGCCCAGGUCUACACAAUCAAAAAUGAACCUCAGCAAGGAGCAUGUGAUACUGUGAGAAAAACAUCUCAACAGUGCUUGGCCUGUCCAUCUUUUAUCUGUAUCACUGGGUGAUGGCUCUAGAAACCGAGUAUUUAAACAAUAAAGGUUCUUAUACUUUGUAAAA